AUGGCUGUCAGGACAGACUGGGGAUUGAAGAACCCAGCAAGCCACACUGAGGAGGGUAAGGAAAAGUCUCCUGUCCAGGCCUCCAGCUCCUUGACGCGAAGCCAAGAACCUGCCCCGCACAGCCCCGCAGCCUAUGAGGCAGCUCUGCGGGAGACAGCCCGGUGCCUCGUGAAUGAGGCCCUGGGCAAGGCUUUCACUGGGAGCCAGGGACCCAGGCAGCAGCCGGCGCCACAGCGGGACCUGGCACAAAGCAUGGAUGUGGCAACGGCAGCAAGAACACCAGCAGCACCUCAGGACACCGAGUCUCCCUCGGCUGGAGAGCCUCAGGGAGAGGCCAGCACAGCCCCUCUCAUCCCCACGGCAUGCCAGGAUGGAGAAAACAUGGCUUCUCCCAUGUCUGGAGACCAUCAAGGAGAGGCCAGCACAGCCAUUGUCUCCCUGGUAGCACACAAGGAUGAAGUGGCUUCUUCAAUGCCUCAAAACCCUGCAGCAGACACUGGCACACCCCACCUUGCCCCAGCAGCGGAUAACGAAAGAGACCCAGUGGCUUCUCCCUUGGCUCGGGACCCUCAGCAACAGGUGAGCCAGGCACGUGUGGUCAGCAGCGGGCACCCCGAGGUGCCAGAGGCAGACGGUGCCUGGGCUGUGUGCGGCAGGGAGAUGCCUGAUGCUCUCCGUGUCAUCCCGCUGCAUACCGUCCCUCCCCUACCUGUGCUCUUGCUCUCCCCAUGCAGGCGGCCUCAGAGCACAGAGGCGACGCACAGCCCUCCUCCGCCUCCAGGGACAUGCCCGAGGAUGACCCAGGUACAUCCCCGAGUCGAGCACUGCCCCGGCUCUCCCAGCAUGGCCGCCCUCCCGCACACCCCAGCUCGAUGGCGAUGGCCCUCCUUCUUCAGGAGGGCGCUCAGGGCUCUGCGCACAGCUUUCCGCUGUACCUGCAUCAUGGGACAGCAAGAGGAACAGCGCCCCGCUGCCAGCACUAUGUGUAUCUCUGAAGAUGGCAGCUGGCCCUGA